CUCGACUCGUGCGGCGGCUGUGCGUCGACCGGCGAGGGCAUGGACUGCACCAAGAUUCGCGGCGUGCAGGGCGUUGGCUGCGAGGGCGGCGAGUGCCGCGUCUUCUCGUGCGAGGCUGGGUGGAAGCCCUCGCUGCGUGGCGACAAGUGCGUU